UGUCAAUCGUUUCGUUUUGUUACUUUUGUUAUUCUGCCGAUCGCGCCGCAAAUAUUUCAUGUUUUUCAAUUUAUUAGCUGUUUUUCUAGAUAUUACUUUAUGAGGUUGUGUAUACAAGAUGACAACAUAUUCUAUAAGUCUAGAUGAUGUGGAUCUCGCGCUGCUGCCUCUGCGCUCCCACAAAUACAAUGACUUCUUGAAGAAGGAACACUUCCAGUUCCAAGUGAUGAAGACUGAGGAAGUAGAAGAAUUAGAGCCCACGAUUUACUACAAAUGCCACAUAUGCGCCCUCGACGUGCCCGCAGCGUUCGCUCACGAGCACACCACUAGCCUCAAGCACCGCGCGAACGCGCGCAUCGCUCGCGUGGCCACCCAGCGCACGCGCAAGCUCAUCUCCGCGCUCCCCCCACCCCUUGUCCCCCAAACGGCGCGCUUUUGCGCGAACUGUUCGACCAUAGUCCAGAAAAACCAUGAACAAACAAAAGAACAUCGAGUCGCUGUCAUGCAUGAUAAGUUGCUAUGGGAAUUGAUGACUGCAUAUGUCGGUGAUGAUUGUACUAAUGAAGAUUCGGACACUAGUGAUACUGAUGAGUCGGUGCAAGAAAAAGCAAGUUCUAGACAUUAUAACGGCUUUGCAACGUGGAAGGAAGUCAAUAAUAAUGAAGAAGAGAAACAAAAAAAAUGUGAACCCAAAGGUUUGACAAGUAUUGAGCCAAAUAAAAAAGAAACAAAUAAAAAGGAAGACAAUGAAGUGGAGAAGCAAAAUAACGACAAUAAACCUUUAGAUAAUAAGAAGGAAAUGAUAGAAGUUACAAAUAUUGAUACCAGAAAACCUGAAUCCAGCAAAAGCAGUGAAUUCACAAAUAUUGAAACUGAGACAAAUAAACCUAUUGAUACAGAUAAAGAACCAUUGUUUAUUUCGGUUGAUAAAGAACCAACUCAAACUACUGCCAAAAAUGAAGAAAUUGCUACUAGUUUACCUAAACCUCAAGAUAAAAUAGAAUAUGUCGAAUUUGUCACCAAAAACAAUAAAAUAGUAAAGGUUUUCAGUGACUAUUACCACAGCUUCACCAGAAAAGGGGAAACUAUAAGUUGUAAAGUAUGCAGUGUUGUAUUUAAUAGCGAAGAAGUAGAUUCACACAUGUUUUCGUUGAAGCAUUUGAACAAAAUGCCGAGUACUUUGAUUAACGAACACUGCGUGAGAAAGAUUAAUGUGGUCUUCAGCCACUGCAUCCUAUGUAACACAAUGAUCAAACAUACAAAUUUAGUCAAGCAUUAUCUGACACUUGGCCACAGUCAAAGAGAAAAACAAGUUAUCACCGAUAACCCAAACUUCCACGCCACAACUACCAAUUUAGAUAAAGUAAAUACUCUGAAAAGUCACAAACUUAAUUUAGAUGUUAAAAUUAAAACUGUAGACACAUCGACCACUUCGAAAAGUCCAGAAGUAAAAGUAACAGAAGGAAAGUCAAUAGAUUGGCCGGUAAUAUAUCCAUAUGAAAUGACAAAGCAAGGCGUCCGGUGUGUCAUUUGUGACUGUUUAGUGCCAAAUAAUCCGGAGAACAGGAAGGGGCACCUUGAUGGAUUGAACCAUGUUACAAAUGUGAGGAAUAAGAAAGUAUUUAAGCUGGAAUAUCCAUACGAAGCUACUAAGGAUGUGAACAUCGCCCGUUGUGCUAUAUGUGACAUCAAAGUAUCAAUCUCACAAGCCAGUCUCAAAGAGCAUCUAGAUGGAAUUAAUCAUAAAAUUAAUAAGAAAGUAUUUAAGCUGGAAUAUCCAUUUGAAGCUACUGAGGAUGCAAGCAUCGCCCGUUGUGCUGUCUGUGAUAUUAAAGUCUCAAUCUCACAAGCCAGUCUCAAAGAGCAUAUAGAUGGAAUGAAUCAUGCCGCGAAUAAAAUUAAUAAGAAAGUAACUAAAGUUAUUAAGCUGGAAUUUCCAUACGAAGCCACUAAGGAUCCGAACUUCGCCCGUUGUGCAAUCUGUGACAUCAAGUUAACAAUCUCACAAAUAACUCUCAAAGAUCAUCUAGAGGGGCGGAAUCAUGCGACCAAUGAAAUGAAUAAGAAAAAGCGAGCCGCGAAUGCGUUUAAACCCACGAAUAAAGCGAGUGUCGCCCGCUGCGUCGUAUGCGAGAUCAAUGUGCCAAACACUUUGAGGAAUCUGCUGGACCACCUGUUUGGAUCCAAUCAUGUUAAAAAGGAGCAAAGUAAGCGUGACACCCAGCAAAAUGCGGCGUCUCAAACGGUACCCCAGCCUGCAAAAGUGGCCCAGCCGUCAACGUCGGGAGGCAAAACCUUCGAAUCAACUUCCGAUACGAUUGGAGUUACACCGCAAAACUUGUACUUUUCUUGGAUAUAAAUUAAUACAUAUAUGUGCCUUGAUUACAUAGUAUAGUAAGAAUCAAAUACAUCAGAGGUCUCCAAACUAAUACUGUUCAAUUCAGCCCGCGAAGUGCCUUAUGCCAUACAAUCCGAACUCCCGAAAAGUACCAUUUUCCAUUCAUUCCAGUGCGUAAAAAGUGCCACAUGCCAUAUAAUCCGGCCCGCGAAAAAGGCCAAAUUCCAUACAACCCGGCCCGCGAAAAGUGAAGAAAGAUUGGAGACCCCUGGGCCCUGAAAUAGAUAGUAACGGCCAAAAUAGCCAAAUACAUCGUAUAGUCGUUCGAUUUGAAGCUGGCCCCGAACGGCUUAUCCUUUGUUUAUUGUUAAGUAAAACCGCACGUCCCUGUACGGUUACUGAGUGCCAGCGAGUCGAACGCUACAGAACAGAACCAGUCUAAAAUGUGUCAUCGAGAUGCGUAACAGGCGUGUUAUCGGAGAGCGCACUUACACUGGUUUUUUGUGCGUUGGACUAGCCGGCGCUCAGGUGCCAGUUAGAAUUACACGACCCUUUUUUGCAGGUAGUGGCACGUGCGGUUUUACUUAACAAUAAACAAAGGAUUAGCCGUUUGGGGCCAGCUACAAUUCGAACGACUACAACACCUUUGUUAUCAUAGAAAUAUAUUUGGCCACUUUGACAGUCACUAUCUACACAUUUGUGGCUUUCCAUACGAACCUUUAUAUCAGAAUUUCAGAUGGAAAAGACCUUGUUGACAUGAUGCAUAAGGACCCUUCUGUGUGGAAAGCCACAUUUAAUUACGUAAAUAAACUAAUUAAAAUUCUGGGCGUUGCUCGGAACUUUAAUAUGAUUUAAUUAUCGUUGUAGGUACUGUAAAAUUACUAAUUUAACAUUUGGAUAAUAAUGUUAAUGAAUCAGAAAUUAAAUUGGAUGAUUACUGGGACAUCACACUGCAAUUUUUUUUAACGUAAAAUUUGACGGAGCCUAUGGCUGUGAAUAUGAAAAUAUUGAAUCAGAUCAUUUAUUUAUAAGUAAAUACAGAUGGGGAAGUAAAUAAUGUUUUUGACUUAUGAUUGUGACAAUUUAAGUAUAUUGCCUAUUAUGUUUGCUUUUUU